AUGGAAGGAGGAUCUCCAUAUCUGAGUAACGAUCUGUUAGUAGUUGAAAUCCUGGUGAGAUUGCCCGUACAAUCUUUGCUCCGUCUUAUGGCCGUAUGCAAAUCGUGGAAGUCCAUCAUAACCAGCCCCGAAUUCUGUUCCUUGCACCUCUCCACAAACCGCCACCCCUCCAAAAUCUUGCUCAUCACACGAGACCGUGGACGGUUUAACCCCCAUGAUGACAUGAUACCCAAGCAGUCGUACUUGCUGCUUGACAACGACGAACGUCUCCCUGCCGACCCUUCCUGGUUGGCCCCUUUCGAUUUCCCCUUCGAAUGCCCAGACACGAUCUCUCACCACAUACUGGGCUCCAUCAACGGCUUGAUAUGCAUAUCCCUGAUCCCAUCCUGUUUUUGGGUUGGUGUGGAAGCCAACAUACCCAUUGUGCUAUGGAACCCUACCAUCCAGAGGUGCGUCUGCCUACCGGAACCCAACUUCAGCUACACGUAUACCUCGUCCAUCGAGUUUGGAUACGACGCCACCACGGACGAUUACAAAAUCGUGGUCAUUAGGAGAGUAGGCGGCAGUACUACUACUACUACUACUCCUCCUGCCCUAGAGUUCCACAUCUAUUCCUUGAACUCACAUGCGUGGCGCGGAGGUUUCAAAAUGUGCCCUCCCGCCUGGACUGGAGAAAGAGGAGACGGCCCACUUUUUUGUGGCACGGGCGCUUUGGCGGGAGGCAAGAUGCACUGGCUCGUCUCCGUUGAAAUUAAUUGUAAUGAGGUGGAGUUUGAAGAGAUGAUUUCGGAAGAGAAGUGA